AUGUUUUCCAUUAGCUCAACCUCCAGCUCGUCUGAUUCUGAUCAAUACGUUGAAUUUGAUCAUUUAGUUGACGAAUUUGUCACAACCCAUCUACCAACUUUGUUGUAUAACAACCAAACACAACCCCAACCCGUAUCCGAUGUUGAAUGUGUUCCAGAACGUAGAGGAGAUAUGGAUAGAAGAGAUAGGGAAAAAGGGCAUGUUCAAUUAUUUAAUGAUUACUUUGCAAGUAAUCCAGUUUAUAGCGACAAACAAUUCCGGUGUAGAUUUCGAAUGCAACGACCUUUGUUUUAUAGGAUUAUGAACAAGGUGGUCGAGGGGGAUCAAUUCUUCCAGCAGCGUAGGAAUGCAGCUGGAAGGCUUGGGUUAUCACCGUUGCAGAAAUGCACCGCUGCGAUUAGAAUGUUGGCGUACGGUACCUGUCCAGAUGCGGUGGAUGAGUAUCUGCGCAUUGGCGAAACUAUCUCCAGAUUGGCUUUGCAACAUUUUUGUCAAAGGGUUAUUACACAUUUUGAAGCUGAAUAUCUCAGAAAUCCCAUCGACGAAGAUUUAAGGAGAAUCUUGCAUCAAAAUGAAAUGCGAGGUUUUCCCGGUAUGAUAGGUAGCAUUGAAUGCAUGCAUUGGGAGUGGAAGAAUUGUCCUAUGGCUUGGAAAGCGCAAUACGCAGGCCGUAAUAAAAAUGCAACCCUCAUUCUAGAGGCCGUUGCAGAUCAAGAUUUAUGGAUUUGGCAUGCAUUCUUUGGGAUCCCGGGAUCUUGUAAUGAUCUUAAUGUCCUUUACCGAUCUUUGGUCUUUGAUGAUGUUCUUCAUGGUCGGGCACCUCCAAUUCAUUUCACCGUGAACGACCAUGAGUAUAACUUGGGCUAUUACUUAGCAGAUGGCAUUUACCCCAAAUGGGCUACUUUUAUUCAAGGUAUAACACUUCCACAACUUCAAAAGGAUAAAUUAUUUGCUGAUAAACAAGUUGCAGCUCGGAAGGACGUUAAACGAGCUUUUGGGGUUUUACAGGCUAGGUUUGCCGUUCUACGACAACCUCCCUUGCGUUUAACGAAGACAUAUUGUGUGACAUAA